AUGCGGGCAUCAAUCCGUGACGUCAUGCAUUCAGUGAACCUCCGUGCAGAAAGCGCAUGCAGGCGGUUGACAGUGGGAGACAGUGUGAGGAACGGCAUGGUAAGGUCACACUGAAAGUCUCCUUUCAUUUCUUAUCUGAACAUGCAAUAUUGUGCAGCUUAGAACACAACAGUAAAUGCGUAGGGUUGUUUAUCAUUUAAUGAAGCCGCCUAGGCUAUAUUUAAACCGUUUGCUCCAUCCAUUUCAUUAACGUGGCAGAUUUGGAAACUUUAGUUUGAACGACAGCGUUAAUAACAUAUUCUAGCAGCUUCAAAAACUUAAGGCUGAAUGACGACGUCCACAACAUAUUCUAUCAAGACUAUUAUGUUAUAGUAGCUUACACACACACACACACACACACACACACACACACACACACAGAAUGUUCAGUUGCAAUUGAAAUUUAGUUUUGAAUAAAGUUAACUUGUGUGAAAAUUUUGUUCCAAGUGUCCUUUUUUGAAUGUUGAGCCCCUGCCCCUCCAAAGGUCUUUGCACGGCCCUGGAUUGUAGCCUUAUGUGCUUCACAGAGACUUGGCUGAAUGAACUCUCACCAGACUCACACGUCACUCUGGAUGGAUUUCAACUCAUGAGAGUGGACAGGAAAGCCAAGGAGAGCGUGUUCACCAUUGACCAGGUGAAGCUGACCCUCCUUCCAGGAACCAUGGUGGAAAGAGGCAGCAAUGUGACCCUCCGCUGUGAAGUCAAAGUCAGCCACAGUUCCUCACAACUCAUGCACACUCUGAUGUUCCUGAUGGAUGAGUCAGUGAUCUACUCCAAAAACACCAGUGAAGCUGUGGUGGAGUACAACCUAGCCCCAGCCAGGGCUUCCCACUCAGGCCUUUACAAAUGCCAAGUCCAAAUCUUAAAAAAGGAAAAGAGCAGUAGGCUGCAGAGACUCAGUGUAACAGGCCUGCAGACUCCACAGCUGAAAGUACAGCCCAGUGUUGUGAAUGAGGGUGAUGAAGUUGUGGCCACAUGCAGUGCACCAGAGGAGAUUGGUAGUCUUAACAUCUAUUUCUACAAGAACAACCAAGAGCUCCAUAUUGCCCGUUACAAAAGCAAUUCAGCAACCAUUACUGUAAAGGUUCAAGAACCAGGAAACAUCUCCCUUCACUGUAAAUACAUGCUUUUGCUGUAUCCUAGUGCAGGCCACUCCAACAACAGCAACAUUGUGAACAUCUUUGUGCAAGAACUUCAGAUUACACCAUCAAUAAAAAUUUUACCUAAUGCAAUUGUUGUGGAGGGGGACCAAGUGGACAUUAUCUGCAAUGUUUCAGAUUACUCCCAAAGUGGCCUUGAAGUCUUUCUGACCAAGGACACUGUCUUAUAUAAAGGCCAUCAAUCAUUCAGUCACAGCUUUGUGGUAAGAGCAAAUGACUCCGGAGAAUAUGUGUGUAAAACUGAAAGGGGCAAUGUUCAGAAGAGCUCCAAGGCUCAGCUGCAGGUAGCAGAGUUGUUUUCAAGACCUAUUCUAACUAUGACUCCAAAGUAUGUGUUCGAGGAACAACGCUUCAACCUGAGCUGUAGUAUCUCUGAAACACAAAUCACUUCCACAGAUGUGAAGUACAGCAUUUAUAAAGACAAGAAACAUCUAAAAGUUGGACAGGUUUUCAGUGGUUUAGCAAGCAAAGCCAGCAGUGGAAGUUACUACUGUAAGGCUGAAGCUAAAGGCAUCAACAAAACCAGCAUGCCAUUGGUUAUUAAUGUUAAAGUGCCUGUUUCAGCUCCAGUCAUUCACACAGUUGGAAAGAUAAUCAAAGGGAAGCCAUUUCAGCUCCAGUGUGAGAGUGAACACGGAACGCUCCCUAUCAACUACACCUUAUUAAAGUUCCAGGAGCCAGUUGCACACAUGACAGUGACUGGUCCUCAGCAUAGUGCUUUAUUCAACAUAUCCUCAAUCAGUUCCAGAAAUGAGAGCCACAGCUUCAUCUGCCUGGCUGAGAACCAGGGUCCACUUCACAGGAAAUCUAGUCUAUCUCUCAACACACCAGUGAUAGAAACUGUGUCCCCACCGGAAUUGACUCUUUGGUCCUACAUUAAAACUAAGGUCUACAUGGUCACCGAAGGUGUGACUCUCAUUCUCAACUGUAGUGUGCAGCAAGGAACAGUCCCAAUCACCUUCACCUGGUACCGCAAAGGAGUUGUGAACCCACUGAAUUCCACGCAAAUUAGUAAAACACAAGGAUCUCACAUCAUCAAGCCCAUAACCCAUGCUGAUGAAGGAAUCUACUUCUGUCAGGCCUCCAAUGAUGCUAAUGAGACAAAGAAGAGUCAUUCUAUCACCAUUGAAGUGACCUUAGCAGGCUGGAAGAAGGCGCUCAUCGGUGUGUCCUGUAUCUUUCUUUUGGUGCUCAUUGUGCUCAUUCUUGUCAUUUUCCUCAAGAAAGCACAUACUCCACAGAAAAAUAAAAGAGCAGUUGAGUUGUCUGUAAAGCCGACACGUACUAAAUCUGAUGAUCCCAUGAGAGUGAGUCUGACACUUGACAUUGAGGACAAUACUGCAAGCAAUGCCACUCCUGGUAUCAUGGGUCGGAAUGUGUGGAGUGAUAAUGCAUCAAGCUCAGAAUUUGAUGAAGAGAGCAAGAAGGAAGAGUCUGAGCAGUCUGAACAUGCUGAUGAACCAUCUUUACAGAAUGUGGACUCUGGAGAAGAGCUAGUGAUGCACGAAACAGACACAGUGAAACAUGAUUUUCAGGACAUCACACAAGAUGAAACGGAUCAAGUGGGUGGCCAACCAGAUCGCUACUAACUCUGUAGUGUAAACAGAUAAGUUGCCAUCUAUUCUUUUCAAAAUGCUCACAUAAUUUGCUGGAAUGUGUACUGCUGAACCAGCACACUCUCUUUCUGGAUCUUUUGAUCCAUCUGUGAAUAUGAAUGUAUGGCAUGGAAAAUGUAACUCUAAAUAAUUCUGCACUAUGGUUUCUACUGUCACCUCUUUUGGUUUCUUUUUAAAUUUCUAAGUGAAUGCCCAGGUCUACAGAAGGUAAUGGGAAAAACCAUGGCUGAAUAGAGGAUAAAGGUACAACAGGACUGUACUGCAACUGAUGUAGCCCUAAACUCUCUGCUUUAGCAUCACCUAUCCACCCAAAGCUUCUAAAGUUGGACUUGUUAUGCUCCCAACAGUUAUUUAAAAUAUUUUUGGCUGGAUGAUCACCAUAUUGCCCUCUAAGGUUAACCCAGUACGUCAACAUAAGUUGUAUUCUUCUAAUCCUUAGUGGCAUCUCACCCAUUUCCACCUGCAUUGCAGGUACAGGGGAUGUUUUAAAGGAUCCACUACAGAUCCUCAAAGCCUGAGCUUGCAGUACAUCUAAGACCUUUAUGUUAGAUUCAGCUGAAGACAUAUAUGCUAUGCAGCCAUAAUCAAAGACAGACCUCAUAAGUGCCCAGUAUACAUUAAGCAAAGCUGCUCUGCUGGCUCCCCAGGACUGUCCUGAUAAACAGCGAAGGAUGUUAAUAACCUUUUUACACUUGUUUCCUACCUUACUCAUGUGUACCAUACUUUCCAUGUUAACUUUUCGUCAAACUAUACCCCAAGAAAUCGGAUAGCUUUGACUUGCUCAAGAGGAUGUUCAUAAAGUUUUAAAGAAAAAGGA